UUUACACUUGUCAAGAACUACAACAUUCGGGAAAACGUGAACCGUUCGUUACAAUUUGACGGUGAUUAAAUCAUAAUAAGCACACCAUCCUUGUGUGUGUGGUGCACAAAAGAAGCUCCCUCUAAAUUAAGUAACUCAAAACAAGGUUUAACACAAAUCCGAAGCAAAAGGGAGAGAAAACGAAGGAAAGGAGAAAUUUAAAAAAAAAACGACACAAAAGACUGCUGUUAUCACCUCACUCUCUCUUGUUCGGCUUAGUCUCUAUCUCGACGCCGACAUCGUAACGGUUCGCCGUCCCAUUUCGGCGAAACCGAUCCUUCCGCACGCUGGAGAUCUUCAAGAACUCAUCGGCGAUUUGUUGAUCUCUCUCAACCUUUUCUCUUCAGUGCUCUGAUUAUCUCUCAUUUUUUAUAGUGUUAAUUUUCUAUUUGCUUCGUAUCAUUCCGGGAUAAUAAGAAUAAUAAUCAUAAUUAUCAAGAGCUGGGGUGAGUUUUCAAGACUUGGUGGAUUUUAAAUUCAUCAUCAUUUGGUUUCUGGUGCACAUUAGGAAUAUAAAAUGAUUGGAUCAUUUCUUACAAGAGGACUUGUGAUGAUUUUUGGCUAUGCUUAUCCUGCCUAUGAGUGCUACAAAACUGUUGAGAAGAAUAAGCCAGAAAUUGAGCAUCUUCGAUUUUGGUGCCAGUACUGGAUUUUGGUGGCUGUGUUGACUGUUUGUGAGAGAAUUGGGGAUGCUUUUAUUUCGUGGGUUCCAAUGUACAGUGAAGCUAAGCUCGCAUUCAUCAUAUACUUGUGGUACCCCAAGACUAAGGGAACUACUUAUGUGUAUGAUUCUUUCUUCAAACCAUAUGUUGCAAAGCAUGAGAAUGAAAUUGAUCGCAGUUUGUUGGAACUAAGAACGAGAGCUGGAGAUAUGUUUAUUUUAUACUGGCAGAGGGCUGCAAGCUAUGGUCAAACAAGAGUUUUUGAUAUUUUGCAAUAUGUUGCUUCACAGUCAACAACACCAAGGCCUCGUGCUGCUCAGCCACAGCAAGGUACUAGGACUCGCCAACCUGCUAAUGCUCCAACCCGCCAACCUUCUACUACUUCCAACUGUCAGCCAGCUGUGCAGCAACCAGAGACUGAAGAACCUCCAUCCCCCACUUCUAGCACAUCUUCAAGUCGGCACCAAGCGGAGGUAAACGAAGAGGUAAUUCCUGCACAAGCACGAGAAGCAGCUCCUCCCGCAGCAGCUUUAAUUGGUCCAAAAGCUCCUACCGCACCUUCCAAUGCUCAAAAAACAAAUGCUUCUGAAACUUCCAGCCAGCCUUCAUCAAGCAAGGCAGAGGCAAUGGAGAUUGAAGCUGAACCUUCAAAAAAUGAAAAUGCAAAUCCUCCUCCAAAAGACACUAACAUGGACGAAGCCAUUCGGAGAACAAGUGCCAGAUUGAGGAAAAGCCGAUCUGCACCAAAAACUUAAUGACCAUAUUAACCUUUCCCAAAUUUAGAUUACGAACUAGCAGUUAAUCAUUAAAAUGGAUGGUGGUGGGUCUUGAAUCAUUGUUAUUGACAAUGAUGUAAAUUUGUCGUCUUCUGUGUUCUUAUUCCAUUUGUUGCUUUAUUUUUUGAACAUGACUUGCUAGAUGAAAAGUGUUGGGUGAUGGAGCACAAUUUAUGCAACUUUGGAAAUGAUAAAGUUGGAAGGGCCAAAUUGAGGUAUAAAGUUUGGAAGUAUACUUUUGGGGUCUCUUGUUAUGCCUAUAUAAUUCUAGAUCUGUAAUGUGGCUGUGUAAGAUGAAAUCAACUGUUAUCUUCAACAAACAGAGUUUGUAUAUAGUUUAA